AUGUUGAGUUGCUCGAAACGGAUCGUAAGUUCUCGAGACGUGGCAGAGAUGCGAGAAGGCCGGGAUCCUGUGGAUGUGGAGAUUGUGAAGCGCUCGUUGCAGCCGAAAGGGAAAGGAUGGAGAAAGAGUACCAUGAUCUCUCAAGUGCCACGCGCCGACACUGACCAGGAGCCUACCAUUGGUCGGGGGAGUCGAGCCAGGAAAGCAAUACCAACACAUCAGCACUCACCCACCGCGUCAGCCAGCUCACUCAAGGCACCCGUGCACAUGAGCUGCCAGGACGACGAGCCAGUGGACUACAACCAUGGAUAUAAACUAGAGCCGAGCCCGAAGCGACUACGUAUCAAGAUUGAUCCAGAACGCGAGACCCACAAAUCUUCUGGUACCUGA